AUGACUUCCCGUUUCUCACUACAGCUGCUGAACCAGAACUUACGUCUCCACGGUAUCCGCCGGUCGCAGCCAGGAAGUUAUUUUAACCACAGAUUGUCUCCCGUUUCCAUCCGACUGGAUUUGCCCCUCUAGGCGGGAUCAGGUCGGGAUGUGUCGGUACAGCUUGCUGUGUUUUCUCGUCGUGUUUGUGUACGGCGCCCAGGCACUCUAUGCUCCGGAUGAGGUUUUCGAGCUGCCUGGCAUGAAGUUUAAACCCAGCUACCGACAGUGGUCCGGCUACCUGCAGGCCAGUCCUGGGAAGUUCCUUCACUACUGGUUUGUCACCUCUCAGGGAAACCCUUUCAAAGACCCAGUCGUCCUCUGGCUCAAUGGUGGGCCUGGCUGCAGCUCGUUGGAUGGAUUUCUUUCUGAGAACGGCCCUUUCCAUGUGGAUGAUGAUGGAGCCACGCUGUAUGAGAACUCCUACAGCUGGAACCUGGUGGCCAACAUGUUGUACCUGGAGUCCCCUGCUGGGGUUGGGUAUUCCUACUCCGAUGACCAGAAGUAUGAAACCAACGAUGACCAGGUUGCGGAUGAUAACUAUUUGGCGCUGCAGAGUUUCUUCACAAAAUUCCCCAACUUCACUGAGAAUGACUUCUUCAUCUUCGGGGAGAGUUACGGGGGAAUUUAUGCUCCAACGCUCAGCCUGCGAGUGGCAACAGAGGGGGCCAUCAAGCUCAACUUCAGGGGCUUUGCUGUGGGCAAUGGUCUCAGCAGUUUUGCCCUGAAUGACCAGUCCCUGAUCUACUUCGGCUACUACCACGGCCUGUUCGGAGAGGAUCUCUGGCGUGACCUGAAUGACAAUUGCUGUAAAGAUGGUGUCUGUAACUUCUACAACAACUCAAAAGAAGAUUGCUCCGUCUCGGUGGGCCGGGCGUUCGGGAUCGUGUACGAGUCUGGUCUGAAUGAGUAUGCGCUCUACCUGGACUGUGCAGGCGGAGCCAGAUCCCAGACAGCCUAUCAGAGGACCAUGUCCCACCUGUUCAAGAGCUACAGGGAGCACUGGCAGGCCAAUAACUUGCUGAGCAGCACUCCGACUCUGGGCGAGGUCCCCCCCUGCAUCAACAGCACAGCUCAGAUGAACUGGCUCAACAGGGUAGAUGUGAGGAAGGCCCUGCACAUCCCAGACACACUGCCACCAUGGGACAUCUGCAGUGAUUUAGUGGGUCGUCAGUACAACACGGUCUACCAGACGGUGAAGGGUGUGUAUGAGAAGCUGCUGUCACUCGGCGUCCGAGCACUGGUCUACAACGGCGACACGGACAUGGCCUGCAACUUCCUCGGAGAUCAGUGGUUUGUGGAACAGCUUGGAUUCAAGACUACUCUUCCAUACCAGCACUGGGUGUGUGAUGGCCAGAUCGCAGGGUUCUACCAGAUGUUUGGCAACGUCACGUUCCUCACAGUGAAGGGUGCUGGUCACAUGGUUCCUCAGUGGGCUCCAAGCCCUGCCCUCUCCAUGCUGAAGAGCUUCUUGAAAGAUGGCCUUUACUAAGCUUGCCCCCAAACA